AUGAAAAGACCUUUGGAUAAUGAAUAUGAUAAUGAAUAUGAUAAUUCAAGAUCUACUGAUCUUGAACAGGUUCCGAAAGAUUUCAGAGAUAGACACACUCGCAAAUUCGGUGAGGCAAUCAGUCAUAUACUGAAAGUUGAUCCCACAUUACUACAUAUCAUUGUUAAACAGGAUUUUCCAUUAUUUCUCGAGAAGGAACAAGAACCCCAGACUGUGGCACAUCAUUAUGCCAAGCUCGCUAGCGCUAUCUUGUCACAACAGAUAAGUGGUGCUGCCGCUAGAAGUAUCAAGGCCAGACUGAUGAAAAAUUAUAAUGACGAAUUUCCUACACACCUUCAGUUGCACGAGGAUUUCCAACAGCCUUCCGGUCGAGAAAGAAUACGAUCUUGUGGCCUUAGUGCAAGGAAAGUGACAUAUCUUGAAUCUUUGACGGAUUACUUUAUCAAUAAUGAAGAAGAGAUCGAGAGACUAUUUAGCGGAGAAGACAAUGACGAUGAGAUCGUGCAGAAACUGACAGAGAAUAUCAAGGGUAUCGGUCCAUGGAGUGCCAAAAUGUUCCUUGUAACUGGUUUGGGGAGGUACAAUGUAUUUGCUGUCGAAGAUCUUGGCUUGGCCAGAGGUUGCUCGAACUAUCUAUCGAACAAGCCAGAGCUAGUUGAAAAGCUGACGAAGAGCAGAGUGGCUGCCAAGAGAAGCAAGAUCAAGCACAAGAAGUUAAACUGGAAAAUAUAUGAUGAUGACUUGGUCGAGUUGUGCGCUGAAAGGUUUGCCCCUUACAAGACUGUGCUAAUGUUCAUCUUUUGGCGCUUGUCCAGUACCAGUGUCGAAGCAAUGGAGAAGAAUGAGACAAACUUUGUAAAUAAAUAG